CGCAUAACACUUCCUCCAUGUUCGUCACGGGAAAAUGAGUUGCUGGCUACAUUCUGUCAAGACGAGGGGGUUUACGCAGCUUGCAGGAGGGUUUGUUCUCCCGGGAUGCAAACGGACUAAUCUGGACCAGGCGUGAAGCCACGCCCUCCCAUCCCUCCUUCAGGCGCGUGCAGCUGUGCAUGUUUCUUCUCCCCCGUCUGGCACGCGCAUCAUCCGCCUCGUCGUCCUCCUCAUCUUCGUCGGAGGCAUCGAAGAGACCCACUCGUGUGGCGUGGACCGGGAGGAAGGAACCGCCCGAUCACCCAGAGAAGAGGAGGCGGCAGGGAAAAUUCCAGCCCUUCCGACGUCUAUUUGGGAAGAAGAAGAAGCGCGAGGCCAAGGGGGGCUUCGAUGGAGCGCAGCUAAAGGCCAGUUUUUCCACGGGGGAAGUGUGCAAUGGAGUCGUAUCUGAUGAGGAGGAGCUCAAUCAAAGUCUAAGGGAACUGAAUCCCAUUGGAUCGCGAGCCCUCUCGCACGACAGCAUCUUCAUCCCGGAGGAGUCCGUGCAGGAGGACGGCCCGGAUCACGUCACCAUGUCCCAGGAGAACGUCUCGGAUAAAGUAAAAAAUCUGCAGAAGCAGAUUGCGCAGACUAUAAAAUUUGGCCAGAAGCCCCCCUCUCUGAGAAGAAGUGAGGGGGAUGAAGGAAGUUCAGAUGAGGAGGAAGAGGUACCUCGCAGCCCCCUGAGGGUGAUGGCGCAAGUAGAGACUGAACCGGCCAAAGCAGAGCCAAUGCAGGUGACUCCUCCAGCAAGACAACACAGUACCCCAGUCAAGUCCCCCAGGUCCAAAAGAGUUCUCCCGCCCAGUGGCACGAUAGAGUCCGUCAACCUUGACGCUGUUCCACAUUCAGUUCCUCUCCUGGACAACACUGCGGCCAAGCAUAGGCUGUCUGUCAAACCCAAGAAUCAGAGGGUUUCACGCAAGCACAGACGCUUUACACAAGAUCUCCAAGAUGAGUCCAUUCCUGGCUUGGUAGAGGAGGAACUGGAAGCAGCAGGUGUCUCAGCAGAUCAUCAACGUAGAUCGUCUGUGGAAGAAUCCAUCGAAAUCCUGAAGAAACACAAAGUGAUGGAUGAAGAAAGACUGCAGGCAAAGAGGAGGAGAGAGCUAGAGGACGAAGAGAGGAGGAAGAGAGCAGAGCAGCUGAGGCUCGAGGAGGAAAGGCGUCGAAAACAUCAGCAGCAGGAGGAGGAAGAACUGAAGAGGCUUCAGGAGGAGGCUCAGAGAAGGAGAGAGGAAGAGGAGAGAAGGAUGAGAAAGGAAGAAGAGCGCAGGCAGCAAGAGGAGGAAGAACUGAGGAGGCUUCAGGAGGAGUCUCAGAGGAGGAGAGAGGAAGAGGAGAGAAGGAUGAGAAAGGAAGAAGAGCGCAGGCAGCGAGAGGAGGAGGAGGUGAGGAGACUGCAGGAUGAGAAAAGAUGGAAGGAGGAAGAGGAGAGGAAGAGGCGGCAGGAAGAAGAGGAGGCGAGAAGGCAGAAAGAGAUGGAGGUUGAGCGGGUUCGUUUGGAGAAGCUGAGGGACGAAAAAGAAAAGAUGAAGAAAAAGAAAGAGGCUGAGAAGAAACGGUUACGGGACAUUGAAGAAAAACAAAAAGAGGAGCAGAAGAGGAUGGCAGAGGAAGACUUUGAUGGGUUCUCCGAUCCUCAGGAGAAGAAGAGGAGAGCCGAGGAGCUUCGCUGGAGAGAGAUGGAGGAGCGACAGAGGCCUUUCUCUUUCCAGGUUUCCUCUGGAGAAAAAGAAAUCCUUUUCCAAAAGGUCAACUUAACGCCUGUCACUUCAGCCGCCAGCACCCAUGUUGGGACUGGAGGUGAUCUAAAUGAAGGCAGUAAGACCUCUAUUGCACUAGACUCGCCCAUCCGGCAAAGUUCUCCAUAUGUCCCCCACACCGCCAUUCUUGUGACGGGGGCGCAACUAUGUGGGACGGCUGUCAAUCUGGACCAGAUCAAGGACACCGCCUGCAAAUCCCUACUGGGUCUCGGCGAGGACAGAAAGGCCCAAGGAACACCGCCACCCACCAAAAGCAAGAUGUCACCAGAACGCAAGUCAGGCAAAACGAAAUCCCUCACCGAGUCCACAUUGUUUACAGACCUGUCAGGGGCUGGCGUCCUGGCGGAGUGGGCAACCAUCAGAUCCAAAAUAUUCAAGGGAGUGGAGGAGGACAAGUGCGAAGAGUACCCGGAACCCAGCAGGAACCAACAUGAAGUCAGCCACGAGGAUGAGCACGAGUUCGCCCACACGCACCUGAGAAAGACCAUGUCUGCCAGCGCCAAGUUCUCCAUUACCCCAGCAAAGAAGAAGUUUGGAGAUUCCAACAGGAGCUCUGAGUGUUUCAGUGCCGAUGAUAAAGUCACAGGAGAGGAGCCGAUGUCGUCUGACGCGUCUGCUUCAGACUCUCCGGCCACAAGCCGUAAACCUCAGAACAGGAUGAGUAAGACUGUACGCAUCUCAGAAAGAGGGUCUGAAGAAUGUGUGUUUGCCAAAGACCUCCCCUCCUUCCUUGUUCCCAGUCCAGGGACAAAACCUGAGUGUCUGGAAUCCAGGGGUAGGGAUGGUAGUGUGUCAGCGGAGUCUGAAAGCCGAAUGGAGGACGAUGGGCAGAGUCUGGACAGCGAGGACAAACCUUCACCGUUUGGCAUAAAACUAAGGAGGACUAACUACUCACUUCGAUUCCACAGCGAACAGUCCAUGGAGAAAAGGAAGAAGCGCUACAGUGCAGGAGACAGUUUUGAUGGCGUCCCUUCACCUCUGACCCCCAUGGAGCCGGACUCUGAUGCCUCUCCUGUCUUCUCUGACAAGACUAGUCCAGCCUCACCUCAGACAGAAGGCGGUUUGGGGAAAUACUUGCUUGCAUCAGCCUCCCCUGUCAUGCCUCGGGCCGGGUCGGGAAAGACCCCAGGCCCGACACCACACUGUGAAGAUGACGGUGUACCCUCCAAGCAGUCGCUCUACCGGAGACUCCCCACGUCGCCAAAACCUACUGACGGAGUUCCGACGCCACCUCCGUCGCCGUUACCUAAAGUGGCACUCAGCGCCGCUGGGGUGGAAUUGGCCAACCAGAAUCAGACGUCAGCGGUGGCCCAGUUGCAGCGGAGCGGCCAAAGCCAGAUGCAAGGAGAGGAGGAGCCAAAGGAGAAGAGAUCCUUCUUUCCUUCCAUCAACAUUCCUUGGAGGGAAAAGACGGACAGGAAAACAGAACUCAUCAAGAGAGACAAGCCGUCACUACAGAGCAGGCAUUCGCUUGAUAGCGCCAAACUGCAAGAGAAGGAAGCGGGUCCCUUGUGGAUCACUCUGGCGCUGCAGAAGCAGAAGGGCUUCAGGGAGCAGCAGCAGAACCGUGACGAGCGCCGCAGCCAACGGGAAGCCAAGUUGGCUGAAAAACAAUCCAGAGAGAGCGCGGUCUUAUCGAGCCCCACGGACAGCAAAGGAAGCGGUAGCGGCAGUCCAGGGUCUAAAGCGCAGACGCCGGAAGAGUCCAAGAGACCCGACAGCCUCCUGGGACGAUUUGAGCGCCGGGAACAGCUGAAAAAAGCCAACACUCUACCCAGCUCGGUCACUGUCGAAAUCGCAGACGCCACGCCGUCGCCGCCCGCUGUCAAAGACGUGUCCAAGCGCUUCCCCUCCAUGGACUCGCCGCAGGUGUCCACAGAGCCGGCCUGGCUGGCCUUGGCCAAGCGAAAGGCCAAAGCCUGGAGCGACUGUCCUCAGAUCAUCAAGUAAAAAAAACACCCGCACGCACACACCUGCAUGGAGACCUCACUAACUGCACAACGACAACAACAUGGAACAAUCCACUCCCUACUUUUGUGAAGCUGCACCGGCCACCUUCAAGUAUUCAAAGCCACUAUAAACGACAAGAAAAGUUGCGAGCAUGCGACGGACAUCCUAACCCAGAAAUCAAAAAAACCAUGGAAGACGCCUGCAAGAGCCAAUUUUUUUUUUUUUUCCAGUUACUUUGUAGCCAACCUCAUCCACCUGGAUUGUAAAUACUUCACCAAAUACAACGCGAGAAAAGGUGAGGCUCGUUCCAAAAGGCGAGCGUGUCUUCAAAAGGGCUAGCGGCAAAACAUCGGGAUCUCUGUCAGUACGCUUCGUCCGAAUCCGAACCUUGUUUCUACCAGGGAGGAGCCGUUCUGAAAACGUUUCACUGUAUCCGUGACGACUGUGACGAGACGACGCCAGCUGCCACGGAAGUAUCGGAUUUGGGAAUUUUUUUGGGGAGGGGGGGGGGUGUUGGGGCUCGCAAAGCGUCCGGUCUCACUUCCCGCUUGCUGUGAAUGUGGAUAGUCCUUUUUUUUUUGUCCCCUGCAGGGACGUGUGGGCAGACUUGGCAGGUGAGGCAGAUAAAUAAACACAAAUGCAAAUACGUUAAAUAACUAUUAUUGUGAUUUGGCGGACUAAAUUUUGGUAGCCACUGAAUUUUAGAAGAAAAAAAAAAGAGGUUUUCAUAUAUUAGCUGCACCUGUAAGUCACAGAUAUACACUAUAUUGCCAAGUCCUGAAAAACCACCCCACACCAUAAUUCCUCCUCCACCAAAUUUCACACUCACCACAAUGCAGUCCAAAAUUUAGCGUUCUCCUGGCAACCUCCAAGGCCAGACUCGUCCAUCAGGUUGCCAGAUGGGAAAGCGUGAUUCGUCACUCCAGAGAAGGCGUCUCCAUUGCUCUAGAGUCCGAUGGCGACGUGCUUUGGCAUUGGACCUGGUGAUGUAUGGCUUAGAUCAGGGGUCUCAAACACGCGGCCUGCGCACCUUAAUAAGAAUAUUUACCGUUGGUGCGGCCCGCGAGUUUCAUAUGAAUGGCGCUUUACAGCGUCAUACUUGUAUACCCUCGAUUUUUCCGGGAGACUCCCAAUUUUCAGUGCCCCUCCAGGGGUAAUCAUUCUCCCAAAAUUCACCCUAACAACAAAAAUUCAAGGGGCACCCUGGAGGCACUGCCUUUAGCGUCCACUAUAAUUUGUACAAGCAGCGUGUCAGCCAAGCCGCAUAUUGUAUUUGGCUUCUGUAGACGCAGUAAGCAACUGAAGGACAUAGUUGAGCAACAGCCAUACAGGUCACACUGAGGGUGGCCGUAUAAACAAGUUUAACACUGUUACAAAUAUGUGCUACACUGUGAAGCCACACCAAACAAGAAUGACAAACAACACAUUUUGGGAGAAAAUCCGCACCAUAACACAACAUCAACAACAGAACAAAUACCCAGAAUCCCAUGCAGCCCUGACUCCUCCGGGUCGCGAGAGUUGACAAGUAUGUUGCUAGGGCGGGAAAACCAUUCAAAGAAGGUGAAUUCAUUAAAAGGUGCAUGUUCGAUUUUUUUAAGAAAUCUUUUCUUGCGGCCCAGCCUCACACAGUUUCUGCAUCCAGUGGCCCCAUUCCAUGAAGCUCUCUGUGUACUGUACGUGGGCUAAUUGGAGGUUCACAUGACGUUUGGAGCUCUGUAAUGGUAAAAUGGUAAAUGGGUUGCGCAGGUUGCUACCAUACCAUCCAUCCAUCUUCUUCCGCUUAUCCGAGGUCGGGUCACGGGGGGAGCGGCCUAAGCAGGGAAGCCGAAACUUCCCUCUCCCCAGCCACUUGCUCCAGCUCUUCCCAGAGGAUCCCGAGGCGUUCCCAUGCCAGCCGGGAGACAUAGUCUUCCCCGUGGCCUCCUAUCGAUUGAACGUGCCCUAAACACCUCCCUAGGGAGGCGUUCGGGUGGCAUCCUGACCAGAUGCCCGAGCCACCUCAUCUGGCUCCUCUUGAUGUGGAUACGAUACCAUUUUUUUAUUUUAUUUUUUUACACAGAAAAAGCUCAGCAGCUUUUGUUUGGAAAAACAUCCUUUAUUUACGCAAACAAAAUUAAACAAUAUUUCAACGUCCUGCAAAAUAAAUUAAUGGAGGUCGAAAAAGUCUCCAAACUGGACUUUUCAACUUAAUAUUUUAUAGUUUAAGAUAUGUGCAUGUAGUUUAUGUACAAAUAACACGUAAGAUCCCAAAUGUUUUUUUUUAUUUUAUAAAACUAAAUAAAUGUAACUAAGAAGCAUUUGAUAUUUUCUAUUAAAGAUAAUUAUUUUCUCCUUUUUGUUAUCUUACUGAGCAGCCUGUAUUAACGUUGAUGAGAGCAGAGGUCCUCAACAGAGGGUCCGCGGAGGUACUGCAGGGGAGUCGAGACACUUUUCAUUGAUAAGACCAGUAGUUCAAAAAAAUAUUUUAAAAAUGUAAUCUGAUGUGUCACGCUGCUCAAGCAAAUAAUAUUGUUGAUGUAAAUGUAGAUGCCCAUGUUUGUUGUACAGAUUUACUUUACAAAAGAGAAGUGAGGGAUAUUAUUUAUUAAAUGUUUGGAUAUAUUUUGUCUGGCGCAGCCGGACCGGAGCAGGAAGGGAAAGAAAGAAGAAGAAGAAAUACAUAAUUUUGGAGACAAGACAAAACAAAAAACUAAAUAUAUACAUACAUUUGUGUAUUUAUAAUUAUACACUCAUACACAUACUUAUAUGUGCGUGUAAAUAUAUAUUUAUAUAAAUAUACAUAUUUGUGUGGGUAUUUAUAUGUAUACAGUAUAUAUAUACAAAAGCUAUAUAUACAUACAUACAUACACACACAUUUGAGUAUAUAUAAUUAUACACACAAUUAUAUAUAGUAUAUAUGUUUACAUAUACUAGAAUUAAUCUACAGGCUCAACCAGGAAAUGUGCCCAAGUAUAUAUAUAUAUAU